AUGAAAGCUCUCGUCUCCGGCCGGAGCAUCGUCACACGGCUCAUCAACGCCACGCGCACCAAAGCCAUCUGCGGUCAAGGCGGUCGUGUCCAAGACGAUAUACCCAUCCCCAGCAUCUCCUCCAACGAAAUCCUCGUCAAAGUCAAAGCUGUAGCCCUGAACCCAACCGACUUCAAGCAUCUCGACAUUAUCUCUCCCCCCAACUCGAUCAUCGGAUGUGAUUACGCAGGUGUUGUUCACAAAGUGGGUGAUUCUGCCAAGGAUAAAUGGAAAAUUGGCGAUCGUGUUGCUGGCGCUGUUCAUGGCGGGUUGUAUCCUGACAAGGGCGCUUUUGCCGAGUAUUUGAAGAUCGAUGCAGAUCUGGCUUUUAAAGUCCCUGAACAUAUCAGCGAUACUGAGGCGACUACAUACGGAGUUUCAGCUGUGACGGCCAUGCUGGUCCUCAACGUCCAUCACGGGCUACCCUUCAUCGAUACCAAACCUGCUACUCCGAAGAAUGAAGCCAUCUUCAUUUACGCCGGAUCAACAAGUGCAGGCCUAUAUCAUAUCCAACUAGCAAAAGCAGCUGGAUACACCGUCGUCACGACUGCCUCGCCCCGCUCAUCCCAGCUAGUGAAGCAAUACGGUGCCGAUGCUGUCUUUGACUACAAUGCCCCUUCCGUUUCAGAAGAUAUCAUCAAAGAGUUUCCCAAAAUCACAAAAGCGGUGGAUUGCUUCUCAGAGGGCAAGUCAACGUCCAUCUGCGCCGCGGUUCUCAAGCCCAGUGGUGGCAAGGUAGUUACACUGCUGCCAAAUGGUAAAUCCAGUACUCCUGGCGUCACGUACGAUCUUGUCAUGUCGUAUACAGCGAUGGGGCAUGCCUUUCAAUGGCUACCGCCAAUUGGACCCAAGUUUGAAGUCAGGCCACAAGAUCGAGCUGCUCUUGUACGCUUUUAUGAGACUCUACCAAAAAUUACACAUAUCUUGAAACCUAUUCCUACUAUUGAGCUGAAGAGUGGCUUUGAUGGUAUAUUUGAGGGGUUGGGUAAAUUGCGGGCAGGUCAGGUAGCGGGAGGCAAGCAGGUUGUCCGUUUCAUCAACGCAUAA